UUGCACUUAUACUCGCAAAUAUACUUUUACCUUCGUGUUGAUUAGUGACAGAGGGGUUUGGACCAUUUAUGCAUAUGCAUCUCAAUCUUCCAAUGCGCCACACUGUGACUUAAUUUGAAAAAUAUGUAUUCCUAAGGUUAGUCGGAAAACAAACGCAGAAGUGUUUAGUAUCAUAAUCGGGACGUGUCUACAUUGUAAAAAUGGAAUAUUUAAGCACUGAAUGUGCUGCACGGUCCGCAGGACCUGCAAACACUCUAAUGACUUUGCUGCUACAAACAUUAAUAUCGCGAUAUUGUGGAUUAAGCGAUCAUGAUCGUUGGCCGCAGGAUUAUGGCGCACGCAUUGAAACAGAUGGUAUUGAUAACUACGACUUCAUUGUUGUUGGCUCGGGUUCGGCAGGUGCUGUUGUUGCUGGCAGACUUAGUGAAAACCCUAACUGGAAAGUUUUAUUGCUAGAGGCUGGCGGUGAUCCCCCCAUCGAAACAGAGUUUGUUGGAUGGCACAUCACUACGCAGUUCACCAACUGGGAUUGGCAGUACCAUGCCGAACCGAAUGGCAAAGCUUGCAUGGCUAUGGAGGGAGGCAAAUGUCAUUGGCCGCGUGGCAAGAUGUUGGGCGGUACUAAUGGCAUGAAUGCAAUGAUCUAUGCGCGCGGCACACGAGGCGACUUCGAUGACUGGCGUGAUCGUGGCAAUCCCACUUGGGGCUACGACGAUGUGUUGGAAUAUUUCCGCAAAGCGGAAGACUUACGUUCGACCAGCAAAGACUUCAAGGAGGGUGAUUUUGGCAAAGGCGGCCCUAUGGGCUUGAAUCGUUAUCUCUCGGACAACGAGUUUCGCACUACGAUACGCGAAGGUAUGGCUGAAAUGGGUUAUGGCAGUUCGCCGUCGUUUAGCGAAGGAUCUUGGGUGGGACAGAUAGAUAUUUUAGGCACACAAGACGGCGGUCGUCGUAUUACCACAGCACAUUCGCACUUACCUAAAGAAAGAAAGAAUUUGCAUGUUAUUCGACAUGCACAUGUCAAGCGCGUGAACUUCGAUGAGCAAAAUCGCGCAACCGGCGUUACGUUUGUGCUGAAGGGCAAAAAGGAAUAUGAGGUAGGCGCUAAGAAGGAAGUGGUGCUCGCCGCUGGAGCGAUUGGCACGCCACAAAUUUUAAUGCUGUCGGGUGUUGGCCCCAAAAAUCACUUAAAAAAGAUUGGCAUACCAGUCGUGUUGGAUCUGCCAGUUGGCGAGAAUCUGAAGGAUCAUGCCAGCUUGCCGGUUAUAUUCCAAAUCGAUAAAUCCACCGCACGCAAGCCCACCGAUGAGGAGCUCGUUGAUGCCAUGUACAACCUGCUGAUGGGUCGUUACAGCAAGCUGUUGCACCAUGAAGCCACAGCGCUGACGGGUUUCAUUAACACCACUUCGCUGCAUGGUCCAUACCCCGACAUUCAAACCACAAACUUCUUUAGUUUGAUGCAGAGCCCUGAGCUAAAGGGUUAUGUGGCUGCUACAGGCUUCAAUGAGCGCGUUGCCAAAUCCAUACUCUCAGCCAACGAGCACAGCAAUACAUACAUCACUUAUCUGCUGCACCUGAAACCCUUCUCCGUAGGUCAUUUGGAGCUAAGCAGCGCCAACUAUCUGGAUAAACCGAAAAUCUAUCCCAACUAUAUGUCCGAUGAACGUGAUGUAUAUACAUAUAUACGCGCGUUGAACAUUUACUCUAAACUCCCGGAAACAAAAGCGUUCAAAAAACGCGAAGCAGUUCUGCAUAAAAUCGAUCUGGAGGAAUGUAAUGCUUUGCCUUAUAGAUCGGACGACUACUGGCGAUGCUAUAUCAGUCACAUGACUACGACAGUGUACCAUCCAGUAGGUACAGCAAAAAUGGGUCCUUACGGUGACGCCACAGCUGUGGUGGACUGGCGACUUCGGGUACAUGGAGCGAAAAAUCUUCGUGUUAUUGAUGGUAGUAUUAUGCCCGACAUUGUGGGUGCGAAUACAAAUGCAGCCAUUAUUAUGAUUGGCGAGAAGGGUGCUGAUAUGAUUAAGGAAGACUGGGCUGAGAAGCACACCGAGUUGUAGGACAGUGAUAAUAUUAUGUGUGUAAAUAAAUGUUUUUUUGUAAAAAAUCGUUCACUCUGUAGUGGCAAUGAA